CGCUCGCCCUUCGACCGCGACGUGCCGGUGCAGCUGGAGCUGCAGGAGCUGCUCUUCGACCACGUCUUCCAGCGCCUCGGCGUCUCCUCGCAGGGUUGUGUGGACCAUCCAAUCAUUUUAACAGAAGCUGUGUGCAAUCCACUAUAUUCAAGACAAAUGAUAUCAGAGCUCCUGUUUGAAUGUUACCAAGUCCCAAAGGUUUCCUACGGAGUGGAUAGUUUGUACAGCUUCUACCACAACAAAAGGCAGAGCUGGCCUUGUAGUGGUCUAAUAAUUUCUUCUGGUUAUCAAUGUACACACGUUUUGCCAGUCUUGGAAGGAAGAUUAGAUGCUAAAAACUGUAAACGUAUCAAUCUUGGAGGAUGCCAGGCAGCUGUGUAUCUUCAGCGCCUUCUGCAGCUAAAAUAUCCUGGGCAUUUUGCUGCCAUAACUCUCAGCCGCAUGGAGGAAAUACUGCAUGAGCACAGUUAUAUUGGAGAAGAUUACAUAGAAGAACUACAGAAGUGGAGGUCUCCUGAGUAUUACGAGAACAAUGUUCACAAGAUGCAGCUGCCCUUCUCCAACAAACUCCUGGGCAGCACGCUGACAUCAGAGGAGAAACAGGAGAGGAGGCAGCAGCAACUGCGUCGACUUCAAGAGCUGAAUGCACGCCGCCGGGAGGAGAAACUGCAGCUUGACCAAGAGAGGCUGGACAGGUUGCUCUAUGUGCAGGAACUGCUAGAAGAUGGUCAGGUGGAUCAGUUUCACAAAGCUCUGGUGGAGCUGAACAUGGACUCUGCAGAAGAACUGCAGUCCUACAUCAACAAGCUGAGUCUGACCAUUGAGCAAACCAAGCAGAAAAUCCUGCAGGCAGAAGUCAGCAUUGAAGUGGAUGUUGUGGAUAGCAAACCAGAGACCCCAGAACUGGACGCACUGGGCAGUGAACAGUCGCUGGAAGAUGUGGACAGCAUUAAUGAAUUUGAGCCUUUGUUUGCUGAGGAACAGCCUGAAGUUGAGAAGCCUGUUGCUGCAGUGCAGCCCGUGUUUAACCUGGCAGAGUACCACCAGCUUUUUCUUGGUACGGAGAGAAUCAGGGCUCCAGAAAUUGUUUUUCAACCCUCACUAAUAGGAGAAGAACAGGCUGGCAUAGCAGAAACGAUGCAGUAUGUCUUGGACAGGUAUUCCAAAGAGCAACAGAAUGUGCUAGUUCAGAAUGUCUUUCUCACUGGUGGAAAUGCAAUGUACCCCGGCCUGAAAGCCAGAAUCCAAAAGGAACUACUUGAAAUGAGACCUUUCCAGUCAUCUUUCCAGGUCCACCUUGCCUCCAGUCCUAUUUUGGAUGCCUGGUAUGGUGCCCGGGAUUGGGCUCUGGAGUACAUGAAUCGUGAAGAAGGGUGGAUAACCCGAAAGGAUUAUGAAGAAAAAGGUGGAGAAUACCUCAAGGAGCACUGUGCUUCAAAUGUUUAUGUUCCCAUUCGCCUCCCAAAGCAGGCCCCACGGACAACAGAAGCUCUAGCAUCCAGCAAAGUGCUGGCAGCUAGUGUAAGCAAUUCCAGUGACCAGGUAUAGCAGGGAGCCUUUAAUUAUGCAGCCAGUGUUAACAAGAUCAUAUUCUGUGCAGUGGAGCAGUUGUUAUCUUACAUAGACUGCAGACUUGAGCAUUGCUGGUUGGGCACAGAGUGCUUGACAUCUCAGGUGGGAGGUGCAUCUCUUGAAUGAUCAGGAUGAGGAGCUGCUCUAUGCUACUAAAGCAGUGACUGGCUUUGUCGCAGCACUGCAGUGUGAAUGGUGCCAGUGCAGAACAUGGAACUGGCUCUAGCUCUACAUGGAACAGAACAAAAGGACAGAUGAAAACAGAAGAUAAAUAUUUCAGAUGAUAAAGACAAUCAACCUCACAGAAUCUGGCAUGUUUCCUAUUACAUAUGAUGUAUUUUAUAGUAUUUCAAAUUAAAUGUACUUUUUAUAUUGUG